AGAUGUUCUAAAAUCCUAAUAAUAAUAUAGUGAUUCAUGAACUCAAGAUGGAAAAGGCUUUAUAAAUGUGAGGAAUCAUCUUUUUCUCCAUAAAUAAAUAUCUCUUAAUUAUGCAACAAUUACCAGCUCAUUCAGUUUACUAAGUCUAAGAAAGUAAGGAAACAGCAGAUGCUGUUGCUUAUGCAUUCUUGUCAAACACUGGUGAGCCUGUGCAAUAUCCAUACAAAUACCCAAAUAUUGCAGACGACGAUGUCAGAAUUAGAAUUUUAUUUACUGGAUUAUGUCAUAGUGAUUGUCUUCAUUCUAGAGGAUUAUGGAAUCCAAAUAUGUACAUCUAAAUUAUAGACUUUAGUAAAUACCCUAGUUGCCCAGGACACGAAGUCGUCGGAGAGGUUGAAAAAGUUGGAACAGGAGUCACUAAAUUCAAGGUGGGUGAUAAAGUCGGAUGCAAUCCUUAAAGAUGGAUGUGCUAAACCUGUGAGCAAUGCAAGAAAGGAGAUAAUUAAUUAUGUUCACAAAACAUUGGUUUAUAUGACGAUAACAAUUUCGGAGGAUAUUCAACUCACAUUUAAGUUGCCGAAAGAAUGGUCUUUAGAAUUCCAGAGGGUAAUAUAAAUUAUAUCAUUCUGUAGGAUUCAAUGACGCAUUGGGUUCUCCCCUUUUGUGUGCUGGUGUCACCGUCUAUGCUCCAUUAAAAAGAUACUAUAAACCUAAUUAUACAUGUGCCGUCAUUGGUAUUGGUGGAUUAGGCCAUUUGGCUGUUUAGUAUGCAGCCAGAUUAGGCAUGACUGUCACAGCAUUUACAACUAGCAAAAACAGAGAAUAGGAAAUUAAGAGAUUAGGCGCAUCAAAUUUAUCUAACUCAAUUAAUUUAGAGAACUUGAAAGCUGAAUAAGGAAAAUAUGAUAUUGUUAUCAACACUCUUUAUAUUGAAGACGAAGAAGUUUUCAAAAGCCAUCAAAGAUUAACAGCCCCAACAGGAACAUACAUCCAAGUUGGAGCUCCUCCUUCAAAGGUCAACUUUAAAUUAGACCAUGCAUAUAUCAUCUUAAAUUAAAUCAGAGUUGCUGGCUCAUUGAUUGGCAACUAUGAUGAAACUUAAGUAUUAUAAUUUUAUAUUGUCAUAGGAAAUGCUUGAAUUUUCUGCCUAAAAUAAUGUUUAUCCAAUUGUGGAGACAUUUGACUUUGAAGACUUCCCAAAGGCUUUUGAUAGAAUGGAAAAGGCUCAAGCCAAAUUCAGAUGUGUUGUAAAUGUUGGAAAAUGGGCUUAAGCUAAUGGUUUAUGGAAAUGAGUUUAAAUCAAAUUAUAUAAAUAAUAUCCAAAUUCGA